UGUGUGAUUCUCAUCGGAAUGGGCGCAACAUGGCGGAAACUAGGGGGCUAGCAAGUAUUCAGUGUCCCGAGUCUUGCGCUAACCGCUUUCUUGCUUUGCGAAUAAUAUAGGCAAGGGAAAACGUAGCCAUAGUUUCUGAUAUGCCUGGUCAUAUCAAUCCCGUGGACCACGACGCUCAUAUUACAUUUCAAGCGUAGAUGAGACGCAGCGAGAAAGCCCCUUGACAUGAGUAAUCCUGCAACAGCGAUCCAGAGGUCCUCCUCCUCGAUACCACUGCCUGCGGAUCAUGUGUUGAACUCGGGAGCAGUGAUCUUUCCCGGUGCAUUCGACCAGCAAGGAUGCCCCCUGGUUGUGUUCCCGACAGAGGCUCAAAACAAGCUCUCAGAUCUCACCAAGGAAGACAUUAAUGGCUUCAUAAGCUACUUUCUACGUUUGCAUAACGAAAGCCAAGAGAAGGAGAGCUUGGUCUCUGUUGUUGUUGACUUAAGGCAAGCUACACUCCCCACCACAAGAUGUAUUGCUGAAAGUUUACAGCUGCUAGAGCUUCACAAGAGGACAAUUCACACCUUGUAUGUUGUCCAACCAAAAAAGAAAGACGUCCUCAAGCUGUUGCUGAAAGUCCUUGUACCAGGCAAUUCAAAGCGAUACAUUUCUGCGCCUUUCAAGCGGAUUUUCCUCAAAGAAGUCUUUGAACUUUAUAACUACAUUGACCGAAGCCAGUUAACUCCAUCUUUAGGAGGAUACCUUAUCUACAGUCACGGGAGCUGGGUGACCUUUAUUAAGGAGAUUGAUGUCUUCGUCAAGGAGUUCUUGUUGGUGGUUCAGAAAUUACCUUCAUGCAUAGCAACCUUACAGACCAUCUCUCAGCAGCCGGUACCAUCAGGAUUGGAUGAACUAAAAGAGUUUUGUUCAGUUAAUGAAGCCAGAUUUCAGCAGCUGCGGUGUGACCUUGGCUUAGAUGAGCUACUGAGGCAUUGCGAAUGUGUGGUGGAGAAACUGCGUUACCCUGAGAAUGACCCAUGCUAUCAGGCGAUGGCUGGAACUGCCAUCUUUACACACACAGCAUAUGACAUGCUACUCAAUUACAGCAGAAUAACCGCUGCUGUGGAGAAGGUGGAGUUGCUGUGGCAACAGGCUUUUUCCAAGGCCCACCUCCAGCUGAGAGUGCUCCAGCUACAGAGAGAAGCGCAACAGAUAACGGAACAGAUGGGGGCCUUGCGAAAAGAGAAACUUCAGCCAUACCGAAUUGAAAUUGCCAAAGAUGCCAGCUGGGCAGACUCACUGAAGCUGGAUUUUGAAACGUGUAUAUACACUCCUGCCAUGGCUUUAGUCCACCGUGCUGAAGACGUAAUCCACACGCUGCAUGAGAUGCUGGCCCAUGGUGAGGUGCUGGUGAGGGAGCCGUGGGUGGACGAACUGGAGAUCCUGAAGGAGCGAUUUUACUCCACAGUGCAACUCCCCUACCAAACACUCCGACUGGUCUCUGACUUCUACCACUACUAUGAUAAGGCCAAGUCCUGGUACGAUCUUGUUCUCAGUGAGAACUUCCUCCAGGACUUUCUGUGGGGUGGGAACUGUGAAGGCUUCUCUUCGCUACGCCGUACUCGUACUCAUGAGCCUGUUGGUGGGGUGCCGGUGUGGAGACGAGCGGUCUAUGAGUUUCUCAGGAAGAACCCCUCCCCAGAAAUGGCAGCGUUGGUUCAGCUAGCACAUCUGGCUAAUGUUAUUCCUGAAACAACAUUACAGCAAUCAGGGAAGCAGCUGUCACAUCGAUGUAUGACCUUGAGGAAACUGCUGUCGUCCCCUGGAGCAGUGCCACUGAAUGACCUUCAGUUAGCCUUGCAGUGGCAAUAUGAGUUUCUCAGAGAGAGCCAGAACCAGAACACUCCAGUCACAUACCAGACUGACAACAAAGGGUCUGAUAAGAUUUUGAGACUUGACAGCCCAGGUGGAGCAUGCAGUUUGUCCCCCGAACCAGCCUUCGUAUCCGGCUUGCCGUCAGAGCCGACACCAACCAAUGCUGGAACGUUAGACCAACUAAAUAAGUGGGAGUCUGGGAAAGUAGUGGUGCACCACCAGUCUUCACUGCUCCCACCAAACACAGGUGCUGUCUGUGCCUCUGUGUCUGGCAAGCCCCCUUCUCUGAGUUCCUUUGACUCGGGCUUUGACGGAGCUGGAAGCAGCCACUUGGAGACGGGGCAGGGGAGAGAGGUACUGGAUGGUUUGCUGAGAUUGCCCGGUGCCCCAGAUUUGAGACUGAAGCCCCCACAACCCCAGAUCCACGAGGAGAACAUCUCCAGUGUUUCUGAUUCUGAGGAUCCCCACAAUGAGUUUGUUGUGGCAGGCAGCCCAACAGCUGCAAGCAUUCAGAUCAUUCCCAAGAUCACUCUGGACUCGCUGAAUUUUGAGAUUAAAGUGAAGCGAUCUGCCACUCCGCCUAAAAACCCAUGGCUUAGUCUGCCAGUGGAGGAUCUGGAGAACUCCUACACAGUCACAAUCACACCCAACCGGCACUCGCGUCUCGGCGACCCGAGAAGCCCCAACGGUUCUGAACGGUCUCUUCACAGCGACACUUCCAGCAGGUCACGAGACCAGCCUACACAAACAGAGGUUCUGACCAGCGGACGGCGGCCCACUGAUGCGGAGUCCAGAGAGCACUCUGUGCAGGACAGUUUUGACUCGUCGGAGUUGAGCCCAGUGAGAGGCGUCCUCUCAAGCACCAUCACGGAACCCAGCGAUCAGCCAAGCUUUACAACUGAGGGCAUCCCCACACUGAUGUGGGACUCCUACGACUUUCAUAACCUCAGACAGGAGCACUGUGAUGGCUCAUCAAACUCCCUGUCUGAAGACUCCCUGAAUGACUGGGCUUUAAGGGAGCAGGAAGGAUUACAAGAAGUAGAAGAGAUCCUCGAUCGUGCUGCAGGAAUAUUAGAGGAGGAAGAGAAUGUUUUGGCACAGGAGGAAGUGUUGGAUGUUCUAGUGAAGACUGAGGGUUCACACAAACAGUGGGCAUUGUGGAACAGUGAAGAGCAGUUCAGUGCGAUGUCAUCUUGUGAAUUGGCAGAAUCUGGGGUCAUUGGUUUGGAUAAUGACCUCGCUGCUUUGCCCUUUGAACAAGAUCAGUCACCGCAUGGAUCAGAAAGUAAAAUGAGGGCGCUCCCCUUGCAGUUAGAUGACUGCCAGAGGCUGAUUGAUUCUGACCUGGAAGGUGCCGAGAGUAGUCAGACCGUUCUCCACCAAGAACUUCAGGGUCUUCAGGACCUCGAGGAGCGCAUUUUGGAGGAGCACAUAAAGAUCCAUGAGCUAAGGAGGCAUGGAAAGGAAGUCUUAGUGCUCCAAGCGGAAAACCCAGAAGAUGGUGUUCAGGCACAUAGAUCCAGCACGGACAGAGAAAGGUUCCUGAAAGAGCUGGAGAAGGAGAGAAGGGAAGUUGAGAGAAUGGAGCAAAGUCUUCACAGGGAAAUGGAAAAGGACAAACACAAGGUGAAGAAACGUCUCAGCAGGACCUGGCGAGUGGUGACGUGCUCAGUCAUGGAGAGAGCCUCUAAACAGGACAACUUGGAUGAUGUGCUUUGUGAAAAAACGAAAUCGAACUCCAAUGGCCCUAAUCUGGAGAAACUGACAGGACCUGUUGUGGUGGUGGAUGGUUUGAAUUCCAAGGAGUUGCUGAUCUCUGCCCAGAGCCAUCCACAGAACAGUUUUCCAAAUGACCCUCUGGAGACAUGCAAGAAUAGAGCGGAUACAGUGGAAGUGGACGAGACUAAGCUCUCUGAAGGAAAUAAUGUUGACUCUUCCAACUGUUUUGAGCAUGCUGAUGGAAGUGCACCUGAAUCUCUUGCAGAUGUACCUGGAGGAGAGCCACAUCUGGAAGGGGACAGUAGUGGAGAGUCUGUGAAAGAACAUGAUUCUAAACUUAGUGAUUUCACUGUAGUAGAAUAUUCUGAAUUUAGGGAUUCCACAGUAGAAGGAAAAGAUUCUGGACUUAGUGAUUUCACAGUAGUAGGAGAAGAUUCUGAAUUUAGGGAUUCCACAGCAGUAGGAAAAUAUUCUGAACUUGGGGAUUCAAGAGAAAAUGUUGUAGAUGAGGUAGAGGGAGGCGAGUCAGAGGUUUCUUUGGUUCCCGAUUCACCACCUAAUCUUGGUGCGUUUGAGCCUUGUGUUCCAACAGAAAGGGCUCCUGUGCCAAAACCAAGAAAAACCUUGUGUGAUAAUAGUUCAGAUCUCAGUAAAUCUGAAGAGCAAAUCAAUGCGAACACCUAUGAGGAAGACCCAAGCUCUCUUCCCUCAGCGCCAACAUUAACCACAACCCCUCCACAACCAAAAGCACGAACCUGCCAGCUGUCUACCAACCAUCUGAUUCAUCCAGAUGUAAUGAAACACAGCAGUAACAACAAUAACAACAACCCUACCAGUGAGGAUCAAAUGACCAGAUCAUGUAGCAACACUGGAGCAUCCUACAGAGAAGUGCAAGUUGAUCCUUUAAAUGCGCUUGUGUUGGAUCUGGAAGGCCAUUCCACUGAACAUAUAGAGGAUGUGGGCAAUGUCCCUGAGCCUAGUUCUGAACAUAUAGAGGAUGUGGGCAAUGUCCCUGAGCCUAGUUCUGAACAUAUAGAGGAUGCAAAGCCCUCAUGUGAUCUGGUAGAUGUCUCAAAUGAUGGAGGUUCUAAUGGCUUCCAGAGCUACAGUCUUUCUGUAUGUCCCAUCAGCUCAUCUCCUGUCGGUCAACUGAUCGACAUACACGCAAUAGAGAUGUCUCUUUUUAAAACUCCAAUAGUCCUGGACACUGGAUCUGGUUUGAUGAAAGCUGGCUUUGCGGACCAGAGUCUGCCUACCACCAUAUUUCCAACAGUCAUUGGAGUCCCCAAGUAUGAGGAGGUCAUGAAUGGUCAUUUUGAGAGGGAAACCUACAUCGGCCAUGACGCCCAACACAUGAGGGGAGUCUUGGCACUAAGGUAUCCCAUGAAGAAUGGCAUUAUCCGCAACUGGGAUGAUAUGGAAAUGAUCUGGAGCCACACAUUCCAGCAGCUGGGUGUGGAGCCUGAGGACCAUCCAGUGAUGCUGACUGAAGCGCCACUGAACCCUAAAGAGAACAGACAGCGGAUGGUGGAGCUCAUGUUCGAGGCCUUCGGUGUUCCACUCUCCUAUGUGGCCAUGCAGGCAGUGCUGGCGCUGUAUGCAGCUGGACGCACCACAGGGGUGGUGUUGGACUCUGGGGACGGGGUGAGCCACAGUGUGCCGGUGUUUGAGGGCUACUGCCUUCCUCAUGCUGUUCAGCGCUUCACUCUGGCUGGCAUGGACGUCACACUGCACCUUAAGAAGUUGUUGCAGGAGCAGGGUGUAUCCAUGUGCACAUCUGCAGAGCAGGAGAUUGUGCGGGACAUGAAGGAGAGGCACUGUUGCGUCUCUCUAAACUACUCGGCAGAACUGGCACAUGGAGGGGCCUCUAGCUCUCCGGCAUAUUAUACUCUGCCAGACGGCCAGGUUGUGUGCCUGACCACAGAGAGAUUCAGAGCUCCGGAGAUCCUUUUCAAGCCUGAAUUAAUUGGGCGUGACCAGUAUGGGAUGCAUGAAAGUAUCUUUAAGUCCAUAAUCCAUUCUGAUAUUGACCUACGAAGGAGCUUUGUGGGAAACAUUGUUCUGUCGGGUGGCAAUACCCUGCUGGCAGGCCUACCUGAACGACUUCAGGACGAGCUCAAGAACAUGGUGCCGUCUGACCUGGCUGAGUGUGUGCGGGUGACGAGCCCGAAGGACCGGGACUUCUCAGUGUGGAGCGGAGGGGCAGUGCUCGCUAACCUGCCUGCUUUCAGCUCGGCCUGGAUCAGCCAGGAUGAGUACGAGGAGUUUGGCCCCCAGAUCGUCUUCAGGAAAUGCUUCUGAACUGACCUCCUGUCCCGCACUCCCUUCAGGCUGGGGCCUCCAAGUGCUCACGCUGUCCUCCGGAACCAGUGCAAUAUUAAAAAAGAAAUGUGCCGUGCAGGUGCCAAGUUCGUCCUCUGAUCAGUUGCUGGUAUGUAUGAAAUGAAUGUAUGUGUGUGUGCGCGUUCGUGUACAUGUAAGUGUGAUAUUGUAAAAAAGAUAUCACACAAAGCAUAAACAGUCGCAACCCUGUGGAUUGUUGGACUAUGACUUCCUUGAAUUCCUUCAUUAGAUUUUUCUUACUUUGGGAGGUUCUACAGAAUGGACUAUCAUGAAAUCAGCCAAUGAUCUAAAGGAACUACAGGGUAAAGUCAACUAUGUUUUUAACAGUUUUAUUGUUUUUUUUAAUUUAUAACAAGCCAUUUUAUUUUAUACCUGCACUUGAAUAGCAUGUUCACAAUGAACAUUAAAUACACAAGUACAGACACAUCUUAAAAACAAGUCUCAAAAUAUGUGUGUGGUUGUGUCAAUCCAGUUUGUUUUAAUCCAUGUUUUAAUUAAUAAUUCUUUAUAUAUGGAAGGAUUAAAUAUAUAUAUAUAGUAACAUAAUAAGCUACACAUAUUACCUUUUCAGUGUUAACUUGGUUAAAGGUCUGUUGGUCUUUUGCAGUAUUUUUUCCCCCUUAUGAAGUUUAAUAUUUCGUACGUUGGAUAUUUGUAAAUUCUCCACUAUUUCCAUACUAUAUGGUUGACCUGAGGGAUAUUACAUUUGUGUUUGUUGUACAUUUGGCUUAGGGUCAUGGUUGGUUUGUGUGCCUAAUUCUUGAUUUUCUUUAAAUUUUAUAUGGACAUUUUCCCGCUUUCAAUAUAUAUUUAUACACACACAUCAUUAUGGUUUGUCUUGAUCACAUGAUUUGAGUGCUUUAUUUGUCUUUGAAAAGUUUUGAUUUUUUUUUUUUUUUUUUGUGUUUUUUUUUUACAGUUUGAAUUUGUUGAAUGCAAGUUUCUAUCUUCAGUUCUCAAACCCAAGCUAUAUGUAUGAUCAAUUGCAUUAGUUUAACAAUCCCUCAGAGUGAGCCUCCUGUAUAACUUGUUUGCCUGAAGCGUAUUUGCACCAGCCCCGUCUCCAACUUAAACAGCCCCCCUUUGUUCUACUAACACUAGAUUGUGAUGAGCACACUUAACUUAACCAUAUUAUUUCCUUCAUGUUUACAAGUAAGGGUUUGGGGCUGCUUUGCUUGCAUAUAGAAGGGUUUAAAUGUGAUGUAACCUGGGUAAUGGUGUAUAAGCUAUUAAGCAACACUUAAAUUCCUGUGUACAAGGGCCAAUUGUUUGUGUACCUGUUGCAAUCAAAUUGUUGGUUCGAUGCAAAUGUUUUUUUUGUGUGUGUGAACUUAACCCCUUUUCAAUCAGACUUUCCCGCUUUACUGGACCCCAAGUUAUGUAUGACAUGUUUUGACAUUUUUACAAUAAAUAAUUCUCAUACCUGAA